AUGUAUCUUUGCAACUUUGGGCUACUGGCCCUGGGGGUGACUGCUGUCAAUGCUUUUCGGGAUACAUCUCCAUUCUUCCUCGCCUCAACCUCAGAGCUGUUGACGACCUCCGCAAAUGUGAAGGCCAGCGCGUCCCUCUUCACUGAUCUUACGACUGCGCUCAAGUCAUGCCCUUCGGAGUAUUAUGUGAUCGUCAAUCAACCGGGUGUCCAUAGCUCGGACUUUGCGACUCGCAAGUCGGUACCCCGCCUCGGCGCGAAGAUGCUGGGCAAGGACAAGUCUGUUCGGUCAAAGAUGAGCGUCAAUGAGGUCUCUGGACUUUUGGAGGCGAAGCAGAUCCAGGAGAUGUUGACAGAAGGCUGCCAGGCGCAGACCACUGUCAUCAACGGUUCCUCCGGACAAUAUCCUUCCUCUUUUGAGACUGGACCUCGAGUCAUCGUUGUUGAGUUUCCCAUGCUCUCAUUGGGCUCAGACCGGGCCGAUCAGCUCUCCAACAAUGAUGGCUUGAUUGCCGAUAUCAUUGACCGAAUCCCCUCCUCAUCUAAGUAUACUCUGCUCUACGUGACUUCCCCGAGAGAAUUCCCUGAGACCGAUUCCGUUGUCUACGAAUCCGAGGACGCAUAUACGGACUCUGUGCGGGUCGAGCUCAAGCGUGACUAUUCCUCUCACUCCAGCGAGUCUCGCGAGUCCAAUCCGGACCGUACUACGUCUUUGUUUGACAAGUAUCAAUUCUUCACCCCCGGCAUCUUCAUGGGUUUCAUGGCCUCAUUCCUGUGCCUCAUCAUCUUAUACAUUGCCAUAAAUGCCAUCAGCAGCUUGAAAGUUCCUUACGCUGCCUUUGAGAAGGAUACAUCUGUUGCUGUGCAAAAGAAGCAGCAGUAG